AUGGCUUCGGUAGAAUUGAAAAUACGUAAAGAAAUCGAUGACAACUUUCUCGUCUGUACGGUGUGUUCUGAGAGGUACCGUAAUGCUAAGAUUCUACCAUGUCUGCACAGUUUCUGUGAGCACUGUAUCGACAAACUUUUACAGAAAUCGGGAGGUAAGGGUAUACCUUGUCCUGUAUGUAGACGAGUUCAUGACCUUCCAGAAGGAGCCAGCAGUGUGCAGCCGAACGUUUUUGUAAACGAGUUGGUCGUAUUACUUGAAAAACGAUACAAAGAGACAAACGACGUUCAGAAAUGUGAAGGGUGUCAGCAAGGGUCGGUAACCACAUAUUGUAUUGAUUGUGCUGUAGGGCUGUGUGACAAUUGUACUUUGCCACAUAAACGACUUCCGUUUACUAAAUCCCACGAUGUGAUGACACUCCAAGCGUACGAAGCUACAAAGUCCACUGAUAUUGCUGGCAUAAAAGAUCAGCCGCCUGUCAUAUGCAGCAAUCACCAUGGCAACCAGCUUAAAUUCUAUUGUGAUACCUGUGACAAUCAAAUUUGCUCAGAAUGUGCAGCGUUAAAUCACCGACUACCCGAACACAAUUACCGAUAUCUGAAGGACGCCACCAAGCAAUAUACCAUUUAUCUAACCAAGAUGGCAGACAUACUAGCAGAGAAAGAAAAAGAUGCAAAGGAGAGCAAAGAGAAAGUACAGCAUGUGACAGAAUUGCUAGAAAAUCGUUUUAGCGAAGAAGAACAUAAACUAAAUGCUCACAUUGAAAGGGUGGUGGUGGAAAUCACUGCUAAAAUUCGUGAAAGCGGGGCAGAGUUACUGCAAGAAAUGAACAAGGUAUUCAGUGAGAGAAAACAGAAUUUGCAUGCGCAAAGGAAAGAACUGGAAAUUGCAGAAAAUGAUGUGAAACAUGCACGUGAAUUUGCCACUAACCUAAUGAAUUAUGGGAAUGCUACACAACUGAUGUCUACAAAGAAGGGGAUGACGUCACAGAUUAAGAAAUUGAUAAAACUAGAAACCAAACAAGAUCCAACUCAAGAUGACUACAUCGAGUUUCAAAGAUCUGGUGACUUCUGUGAGACCAAAACCCUCGGAGUGAUACUUCACAAUAAAUUUAAUUUCGAGAUAAAAGAUGUUCCAAAGUAUGGUAGAAUUGGAAGGGAGUUAUCCGUAACCUUGGCGGCAAGUGGUGGAACUGUGGUGAACUUUCUGCCUUCAAAACAGUCAAUCCAAGUCAAAAUGAAAACUCCUUCCGACACGAUAGAAGAUGUGAAAGUGACUGAAAAUAAAGACGGGUCUUGUAGUCUUACAUAUCAGGCUAAUGUAGAAGGGGUGCAUGAAAUGACAGUUUUAGUUAAUAACAAAUCGGUGCAGGGUUCACCUGUUAAGAUUAAUGUAAUUCCUAAGAAGGGGUUGAUGGGUAAUUAUGGCAAAUACAAUAGACCUGACAGUGUCCUGAUAACCAGUGAUGGGAAUGUAUUAGUUUGUGAUGGUGGAAAUAAUCGACUUCAAUUACUGACCUUGGAUGGACAACAUAAACGAAUGAUUCAAUUCACUGGUUUCAGGGAACCAUUUAAUCCACGGUUUGCCGCAGAGUCACGGGAUGGUAAUUAUUUCAUAACAGACAGUAACAACAAACAAGUAGUUGUAUGUAAUAACAAUUUUGAACUAAUUAGAUGUUUUGGCAAUACGCAACUGGGACACCCUAUUGGUAUUAGCAUCAGCCCUGUGAAUGAAAUAGUGUAUGUUGUUGAUCAACGAUCCCACUGUAUAAGAGUCUACAGCCAAGAUGGGCAAUAUAUUAAGUCAUUCGGAUCGGAGGGUGUUUGGGAUUGUCAUUUUCAAAGUCCCUUUGGAAUUACUACAGAUAGUAAAGGUAAUGUCAUCGUAGUAGAUCAAAGCAACCAUCGCAUACAAGUGCUGACUGGUGAUGGGAAAUUUCUAUUCAAGUUUGGAAGUUCUGGAUAUUCUGGUCUAAACUAUCCUUUAGGUGUAGCUACUGAUACAGAUGGAUAUGUGUAUGUAAGUGAAAAUGGUAAUAAUAGGGUUCAGAAGUAUGACUGCCAUGGUCAAUUUGUAUGUCGUAUUGAUAGUCAUGUUGAUGGGUUGAUGACUCCCCGUGGCAUCUGUGUCACAAAUGAUAAACCAUUUGGUAAGGUUGUAGUGGCUGAUAAGGAAAAUAAUUGUAUUAAAAUAUUUGCACAAUAA